AAACCCGCUGGGCUUUUCUUCCAGCCACGAUGGCAACAGGUACCUGGAGCCUCCAGCUGCUGCUCGUGGGGCUGCUCCUGGCAGGGUCCCCAGCUCUGGGGGGUGUCCCCAUGCCCGGGGGGCCCAUGAACAUCCCCGUGACUGACGCCGAGGUCCAGGAAGCCGCACGUGUGGCCGUGGGGGCUUUCAACCGGGACAGCGACAGCCCUUACAUCUUCCAAGCAGAGAAGGUCAUCAGUGCCCAGAGCCAGGUGGUCUCCGGCAUCAAGUACUACCUGACAGUGGAGCUGGAGAAGACCCAGUGCCUGAAAGGGGCAGGGGGACACUCCCAGACCUGUGCCCUGCCCCCCACCAGCCAGCAGCAGAAGCUGAUGUGCAAGUUCCAGGUCUGGUCCCGCCCGUGGCUCCACGACACCCGCGUCCUGUCUCAGAGCUGCGUCCCAGCCCAGGCCUAAGCCCUGACCACCGGCCUCCCAGCUCCGAGCUGGCCUCAAUAAAAGCCUCCUCGCAGCCUC